AUGCCACCAAAGGGUACAAAGGGAUCUUCACGAGCAGAAGGCUCGGGAAAUGGCGACAGUUUCUACAAUUCGCUUGUCCAGGGCGAUGUAGAUGUGCCUGACGAUAAAGUAAUAGAUGAGAUCUUUGCAGAGAGAACAACACAGCAUGCGGACGAUGCCAUAGAUUACGAGGAUAUUGAUGAAUUGGCCGAUGAAAACGAGGACGAGGUUUCUGGAAUGGUUAUCGAAGAAUCAAAGGAAGCUGGCAUGCCAGCAGAGGGCUUGGAUGAUGAACAGGAGCUACAAAACAAAGCAAACGAUCAGUUUGAUGCUUUUUUUGGUGAUGACGACGAUGAAGAAAAGGCUGCUCAGAGUGACCACUUUGAUCAUAUGGAUGGAGCAGACAUGGACAUGUUGGGAGACAUGAAUAACCAGUUUGGGUUUGAGGACGAUGGACUCAACGAUUUGAAUUUGGGAUUUGAAGAUGAACUUGGUCACGAGCACACAAUGAAAGAGCUGGAGCCUUCACGAAAGAGAAAAUCAUCGCAAGAAUUGGCGCAAAAGAAGGCUAAGUUGCAGAAGAUCGUGGCUGACAUGGAGUCAAGGCACAAAGCCCGAAUGGUGGCGAAAUACUACCAUGAGUAUAGUCCCAGCAAGCCAGUCAACUUUCAUACCAUGUCACUUCCUGCUCCAAAAUACUAUAACCACUUGCGGCCUGCGAUUGCUUUUAGGUCUAAUGUAAAACCACUAAUACCAAUGAAAUUGAGCAUGGAGGUCGAGCCUGAUCAAAAGAAGGCAUUCAAAUCCAAACGUGGCGUUAUCAAUGACGCUUCUCAAAAGAAAGGCAUAGUUCAGAUCACACAGGCGGAUCUUGACCUAAUAGAGGAUCUAGAACGUAAUGGAGAUACGUCGGUAAAGGUCAAGGUGCUUCCGUUUAUUUCGUCAGAUGGCAUCGAGUACGACAAAUUUGCCGAGUUCAGCAAAGACCUAGUACUUGCAAGCACCGACUGGGACGAUGAUGCUAUCAUUGAUGCUGGUGAUAAAGACAAGAUGGCCAAACCAUCCAGACCAGGCAUCUCAACUGACAAGUUUGUUGACGACGAUAUAGACUAUGAUGACGAAAACAUCUUCAAUGGCCAAGUGGCACCAGAUAAGUUUGAGCUAAAUAUGAAUGAUCCAAACCUUUUGUUUGUACCUGACAAGAAGAAGACUGAUACCGCCAAAUCGAGGGCAGUGAUCCCUACUGAUAAAAAACAGUUGCAAUUGAAAUUCAAUGUGUCAAAUGACAAGCAAUACGAAAUUCUCAGGAACAACUAUAACACGAAGGUUAGAAGUCAAUUGAGUAACCUUACCAUCGAGCAUUCCGUCCCAGCAUUGAGGCUACAAACGCCAUACUACAAGAUCAGGUUGUCUAAGGAAGAGGCAAGAGCAUAUCAUAGAGCCAAAUUCCAGGUAAGGCAGGGCUCUUUGAUCUGCUUCUCCAAACCCAAGGUGCGUAAGAAGAAGAAGGACAAGGGCAAGACUCAAACGGAGAUCUUCAGUAAGACAUCUGAUUUGACGGCUGCUGAUACCGCUCCACUCAUUGCAAUGGAAUACUGCGAAGAAUACCCAAAUAUCUUGUCUAACUUUGGUAUGAGCAGUAAAGUGAUUAACUACUACAGAAAAGAGAAGGAAGAUGAUAACCUGCGUCCAAAGGCUCCAAUUGGAGAAACACAUGUUCUUGGAGUAGAGGAUCGCUCCCCCUUCUGGAAUUUCGGACAUGUUGCGAAAGGCGACUUCGUUCCCACCUUGUACAACAACAUGAUCAGAGCACCCAUUUUUAAACAGGAGCCAAAAAGUACAGACUUCCUUCUCAUCAGGUCCCUGGGAUGUGGUAAUCACCAAAGACAUUACCUUCGUGCUAUUAACAAUUUGUUUGCAGUUGGUAAUGUCUUCCCUGCUGUUGAGGUUCCUGCACCACAUUCCAGAAAGGUUACCAAUACAUCGAAGAACCGUUUGAAGAUGAUCGUAUACCGUACGAUGAACAAAAAUGGAAAUGCUCGUCUCUCUGUCAAAGACAUCUCCCUGCAUUUCCCUGAUCAAAAUGACAUGCAAAAUAGACAAAGGCUUAAGGAAUUUAUGGAGUAUCAAAGAAAGGGAGAUGACCAAGGUUUUUGGAAAAUCAAAAACAUGGAUGUUGUACCAACAGAAGAGGAGAUAAGGGCCAUGAUCACACCAGAAGACGUUGCUCUUUUGGAUAGUAUGCAACAUGGUCUGCAAGUCCUUGACGACAUUGACUCGUUGUAUAACGAUGACUCGAGAAAGCAGAAUCUCAAGAGAGAAAAGAGAGAAAAGGAGAAUGGCAAGGAUGCUGAGGAAGAGAACGAGGAAAAAGAGAAGGCAGAAAGAAAGAGGAGAGAAAAGGAUGGCGAAACUGAUGAAACCAUUGAUGAGGGUCUUUCGCCAUGGAGUCUUUCCAGAAGCUUCAUCAUCGCCAAUCAAACGAAAGCUAUGCUUCAACUUAAUGGUGAAGGUGACAAUAGUGGUAUUGGCCUCGGGUUUUCCUUCUUGCGGGCGACACAAAAGCACGGAUUCAAACCAUUAUUCCCUCCUCCAAAGGAGUCAGUGCCUAAGAACACAACUGCUGCGUAUCAGCAGAAGCUCUAUGAAAACGAGAUAUCGAGAAUCUGGUAUUCUCAGAGAAGCUCGUUGACAGUUGACAACAGGGAAGGUCACACAUUGGACGAUAUUUACAAGGAGUACAAGCCUUUGGACCACGUCGAGUAUAUGAAGCAAAAAUUUGCGAAGGAAAAGGAGGAUAAAGUCAAGCAAGAAGGUGUUCAGUCUGCAAGAAGAAACGUUUUGAAGAUCACACGUCUCGUCAGGGACGAGAACAAUGUCGUUCAAAGAAGAGUCGAGUAUGUCACCGAUCCUCGCCUAAUCAAAGCUUAUAUCAAGAGAAAGAAGCAGAUUGAAGGCGACAAGAUGUCCAUGGUGGAUGCAAACGAGAUAUUGCCAACCAAUGAUAUCGAAAUGAACAAGAUUAGGAGGAAAGCCUUGGAAGAGAAGAUUGCCAAUUUGCAAAAGAGAGCCAAGCUCAGUAAGGGAAGAAAACCUAGUAAAGAUCCGCUUCAUCUCGCGGCAGCGGCUGGCGGUACCAUAAUCGACGCAAACACUGUCAUGUUACCCGAUGGAUCUUAUGCAUUUGGCGGUAAAGGAAUAGGCAAGGGCAAGAGCAGAACAAGGAGAUGUAAGUCAUGUGGAGUUUUUGGGCACAUCAAAACCAACAAAAAAUGUCCCUUGUAUGAAGCAACCAAGGGAGGCAGCAUCAGGAUUUCAGCAGAGCAAAAAGACAUCAUCAUGGCGGAGUAUAGAAGUAAAGAAGGUGGUGGAGGAGGAGGAUGA